CCCUAUGAAGCGGUAUAUAUAAGUCUAACUGCUAUUGCUAUUGCUAAGUUUGCCCUAUUACAAAGGGAUUAGUGAAAUGUGAAGAAUUCCACAUGCUAAAUAUGUGCUUGUAUAUAGAAAAUUUAAUAUCUAGUAUCCCCCUACAAUUGGACAAGAACCCUACCUGAAACAAUACAUACUGGUCUAGAUGACUUCAUCUAUAUGUACAACUGCAUCUGUACAUUCAUGUCAUCUGUCAAUGAUUUACCAGUUGUGUUUGCUUCCUGUGGCUUUGUCACUGAGGUGAGUUUAUUUUUGAGUAGAAUAACAGAGUUGGAAGGACCUUGGAGAUCUUCUAGGCCAACUCCUUGCUCAAGCAGGAAACCCUACACCAUUUCAAGCAAAUGGCUUAAAAACCUGGAUUUUGAUAAAUAAAAACUGAUAAAAGAUUCUGCCAAUUAAGAUAAGGAGACACUUUCUGCUUUCCCCAAGAGUCAACACCAUUUAAAAGAUGUUAUCGUUUUGAGUAUCAUUGUAUCGCUGAGGCACAUACAAAUAGUACAGAAAUUGUUGAGCAAAACUUAUCUCCCCUUCAUCCACCUUAAAACAGGAAGGUGGGUUCAUUUCCUCAAAAUGCCGCUGAAUUGUGCGGGAUAUGUAUUAAAAUAAGAGAAAAAUUAUUUGUUUUUAUUUGGCUUUUUUUUCUGUAUAAAAGCUAUUCCUGGAGAAAUAAAACUAGAAUAUAGUCUGCUCGGAUUAAACGAAUUAACCUCAUUAUAAUUGUAUGAUUGGCUACUUAAUUGUGUACUUUCUCCACACAAACAAGAAAAACAGUCCACGAAUUGCAAGUUAUUAUAUUAAUGCAAUGUCUCUCUUGAGUGUGUACAAUAUUGAUGAUGGAGAUGAUAGAAACAAAUGGAUUUGAUCUGAUUUUCUGGUGCCAAGAGAUUGCAGCUGAACUCUUUUGGAUGCAUUUGGAAAUUCUUUUGCAUGUGAAUUGAGGUUUGGCUUCAGAUCGUUUUAAUGUUUCCAUAUGUGUUUGUUUCCUCUUCCAAGCCACUCCAUAGUUAACAAAGAAUUCUCAUGUUACUAAAGUGUUUGUUUUCUUUUUAACAACCGUCUCUUGUUUUGCAAAGUAUAGUGAAAUGAUAAAUUGGUAAAUUCUUUUGAAACCUAACUAUUUUUAUGUUUUAGGGAAGCCGGAGUGGAAAUAAACUCAAAAUUAUAUUAGCAGCUGAAAAACUGUCUGCUUUUUAGUUAGAAAUUAAGAGCUCAUUUUCUAAACAAACAUGCUUGCUCCGAUAACUUUUGUGUUGGUUCUUAGUGGGAGUGCUUGUAGUGAAUAAGAUUUUUCCCCCCUCCUCCUAGUACAUGAGUAACGUGGAUUCAUGGUGUAAAGCCUGUGGUGAAGUCGAGCUUCCCUCAGAACUUCAAGAUUUGGAGGAUGCUAUUCACCAUCACCAAGGAAUAUAUGAGCAUAUCACCCUGGCAUACUCUGAGGUAAGUCAGGAUGGGAAAUCACUGCUUGACAAAUUGCAGCGGCCUUUGACACCUGGGAGCUCAGAUUCCCUAACAGCUUCAGCCAAUUACUCCAAGGCAGUACACCAUGCCCUAGAUGUUAUUCAUGAAGUCCUGCAUCACCAGAGGCAAUUGGAGAACAUUUGGCAACAUCGAAAAGUUCGCUUACAUCAACGGCUUCAACUCUGUGUCUUUCAACAGGAUGUACAACAGGUUCUGGAUUGGAUCGAAAAUCAUGGAGAAGCUUUCCUUAGUAAGCAUACAGGAGUUGGGAAAUCUUUGCAUCGAGCCAGAGCGCUACAGAAGCGCCACGAAGACUUUGAAGAAGUGGCUCAGGUAAGAGUUCAUCGUUGGCACUUUUUUUGGCAUUCAUCUGGAAAAAGAUCACGGUUGGAAAUCCUUCAAGGUACCCAUGCUCUGAAGCUGCAGUGUUUGCAACCAGUUUUAAACAAACAACAAGGAGAUAACAACUCCUUGAGGGCCUUCUCUGUGGCUGCUCCGGCCCUCUGGAACGAUCUCCCCAUGGAGAUUCGGACCCUCACCACUCUUCAGGCUNUUGUUGGGGGCAAUAUGCUGACUCU